AAUCUGCGCAGCACUGCGCGCUGCUCAAGAUGGCGGCGCCCAUAUAGCAAACAGCACGGAGAAAGGACGGGUUAUAAACAAAACUAUGUUUCCUUUAGAAAACUAUUUAAAAGCUAAUAUAAAGUGUAGUCGAUCUGUAAGAAGUAUUUAUAGUAAAUCGCUUGUAAAAUAGCUUUUUUGUGUGUAAUUUAUCGUCGAAAUAGAGGUUUGAAUUUAUAGAUGUUUGAAAUGCUCACGUGCCCUCGUAUGUUUUAAAGCUAGUGGUUGAUCAGAUCGAAUUGUAAACAAUAUACGCGGGUAAUAUAACGUUAUAUUUCCUCGCUUUCGUGUAGGGAAUAGUUUAUCGGAACAUGUUGGCAGGCAUGAGAUGUGGCAAAGCACUGCAGCUCACCCUUGCGGUCAUAAAACCAGAUGCCGUGGCUCAUCCUCUCAUUCUGGAGGCUCUUCAUCAGAAGAUUGUAGAAAACUUCAUUAUUAUCAGAAAGAAAGAUCUGAUGUGGAGAAGAGAAGAUUCAGAAAAGUUUUACGCUGAACAUGCAGGACGAUUUUUCUACCAAAGAUUGGUUGAAUUCAUGUCAAGUGGCCCAAUGAGAGCUUACAUCUUAGCCAGGGAAGAUGCUAUCACACACUGGAGAGCGAUGAUGGGCCCAACAAAAGUGUUUAGAGCCCGUUUUACUUCACCAGAGAGCCUUCGGGGCCAGUACGGACUGACUGACACCAGAAACACCACCCAUGGUUCAGAUUCUGUUGAAUCAGCCAGGAGAGAGAUAGCGUUUUUCUUCCCAGAAUUCCUUGCAGAUGAGUGGAUGAAGAUGAAGGAGCCAUGCUUUAGGUUGGGACCCAUUGAGUAUAAUGAGCAGAGACAAAUUCAUACUCUACAGGAAACAGGACUAUGAUUAUAGAUCUCCUCCAAUGCUGCAUUACCGGUACAGUGGCUUUGCUUACACAGGUUGUUACCUUUAUGUUGUCCUGUAUUUUUUUAUUUUAAUUUCAUGUUCUUUCUUCAUUACCAUGUAACUCCCUUGUGCUUACACAUGACUACACAUUGCCUAUACUGCAGCUGUGCCAAUAACAAGACUGUGUUCAUUAGUUAAUUAUGUGAGUCAUGCAAUACAUGUAUAUAUGUGAAAAAAUAUGUACUACAGUAGAUUUUGAAGUAAAGAUCAAUAUAUGUCUUCCUUUACAUACUUUAGCGAACUCAAGUCUAAAUGCAGUUCUUUGAAAGUGCCUGUAAUGACAUACAAGACUAACAGAAUACAGUUUGAUCACAAUCUCUUGGUUUACAUAAACCACUUGCCAUUAUGUUGAGUGUCCCAGUAAGUAGACUGUAAAAGGAUGUGGGGAUUUAAAAUGGUGCACAUGAACAUUUAGCACAAUAAACAUUAUAUUCAAUUAA